AUUUCUCCUAUAUGUCCUCUCGGGUUGGCGACCACAGAGUUUGUUCCAGCGCAAGAAACGUGGCCGCAAGUUGUCAAAACUACCCGGUGGAGACUUUUCCCCCUGAGUAGAUUGUACUUAGCAGCCCGACUUUUGGCGAAAGCAAAUAAGAGAAAAGUUUAAAAGUAGCCUAGUGAGAAACAGACAAAGUGACGAGAAGAGAAACUCACACCAGGACCUCUGGAAACUCUACUCCAGUCUUGGACCGUGCUGUCAGCAUGACAGAGAAACCUCCACUGGACAGCAACGAGGAGGAUGUAGCCUGGCUGGGCGAGGGCCAGUCUGAAACUCAGCUUGCUGCUGCUCUCGGCCCAGAUGGAGUUGAGGCAUGCGAUGUAGACCGGCCUGCAUGGGACUCUAAGAUCCAGUAUGUGUUGGCCCAGGUGGGGUUCAGUGUGGGCCUAGGGAAUGUGUGGAGGUUCCCAUACCUUUGCCACCAAAAUGGAGGAGGGGCUUUUAUGCUGCUGUAUGUUUUUCUUUUACUGAUUGUGGGAGUUCCACUGUUUUUUAUGGAGCUGGCAGCUGGCCAGAGCAUUCGACAGGGCAGCAUCGGUGUGUGGAAGCACAUCUCUCCAAAGCUGGCAGGGAUCGGUUACUCCAGCUGCAUGGUCUGUUUUUACGUGGCUCUUUACUACAAUGUUAUCAUUGCAUGGAGCCUGUUCUACAUGGGUAACUCUUUUCAGUAUCCUCUGCCGUGGGAGCAGUGUCCAAUUGAUGUAAUCACCAAUGAGACAGUGAAAGAGUGUGCAAGCUCUUCCCCAACACCAUAUUUCUGGUUUCGGAAAGCCCUUAACAUCACAAAUUCUAUUGAAGAAUCCGGAGAGUUUAACCCCAUCAUGACAGGCUGUUUAUUGGCUGCUUGGGCAAUUGUAUCCUUGGCAAUGAUCAAGGGCAUCAAGUCUUCUGCAAAGGUGAUGUACUUUUCCUCAGUCUUUCCCUAUGUGGUGCUCUUUAUUUUCCUCAUCAGAGGGUUGAUGCUGGAUGGUGCAAAGGAAGGAAUCACCUAUAUGUUUUAUCCUAAACUGGAAAUCUGGGGUAAUGUGCAGGUGUGGCGACAGGCUGCUACACAGGUGUUUUUUGCCCUUGGACUGGGCUAUGGCUCUGUUAUCGCAUAUUCCUCUUAUAACCCAGUCCACAACAACUGCCACAGGGAUGCACUGAUGGUCUCCGGCAUCAACUUCAUGACGUCUGUGCUGGCCUCACUGGUGGUUUUCGUCGUGCUGGGUUUCCGUGCCAAGACCAUUGCACUAAAUUGCGUAGCUGAAAAUCUUGGUCUUCUAAGCCUCAUGUCAUCGAACCAGCCGGCAGCUGGCCUUGGUUGGCCUGGAAUUAACAUGACAGAUCCAAGUUCUGUGUCUAUAGCUGAAUACAGGGAGUGGUACAGUCACCACAGCUCCAUAGUGGGUCCUAACAUCACAGACUGCAAUCUGGAGGAGGAAAUGAAUAAGGGUGUUGAAGGGACAGGCCUGGCAUUCAUAGCAUUCACUGAGGUGAUGGCCCUUUUUCCUGCCAGCCCCUUCUGGUCCACCCUCUUCUUCCUGAUGCUGCUCAACCUCGGCCUCAGCACCAUGUUUGGGACCAUGCAGGGAAUCCUCACACCUCUCAUGGACAAUUUUAGCGUCUUGGGCCGCCACCGGACCAUACUCACUGUGUCCAGCUGUGUUUUGGGAUUCAUAAUAGGACUGUUGUUCACUCAGCGCUCAGGCAACUAUUUUGUGACAAUGUUUGACGACUACUCUGCAACUCUACCAUUAGUCAUUGUAGUAAUCUUUGAAACCAUCAGUGUGGCGUGGGUUUAUGGAACAGAUCGCUUCCUGGAUGACAUCGAAGUCAUGCUCAAAUGGCGCCCUCCAGUGGUGUACAAAUAUCUUUGGAAAUAUGUGUGUUUGCUGGCGAUGAUUGGUCUUCUGGCUGCCAGUUUGUUGCGCAUGGUCUUCAAAAGGCCCACAUACACUGCCUGGAAUCAAACCACAGGCUCUGAGAUGACUCUCGAGUACCCUGGCUGGGCUCUUGCCAUGAUUGUCAUGCUGAUAGUCUUUGCCAGCUUGCCUGUGCCCAUUGGCUACAUCCAUUCCACGCUGAAAAACCGCAGGGGCCGCAUCACUCACUCCGAGGAGGGAGGCGGCCAGGAGAUGCACCGUGAGUUGUACACCAAGUGCAGCUCCACUGAGCUGCUGGACUCCAGCUCCCACCACUGAAUCCUUUCUGAAGAAGAGCAGGCUCACCCCAGGCCUGCCUUCCUGCCGCUGGGCAACGAACACUACCGGCUCCUGCCGCAGCAGGAGGAGGAAGAUGAUGAUGACGAACAAGAUACAGGAGUGUGAACACGGCUGUGGAAGGAUGAAAUGUUUAGAUGUUGAACCUCAGAAAGUGUACGAGCAAGACCCUGCAAGACGAGACUGCUAAGUGACGGGAGGGCAGUCGUAAACAGAAUUAUUCUUAAUCUGAGGAAGAGUCGUCGAUGAUAUUCAGCAAGCUGUAACUUGUUGAAAAGCCAAAGUUAUUUUAACUAUUUAUAUUAUUGAAGAUACAUUACCAGUCAAAUCAAAUGCUUUUUAGCUUCUUUAGUUAUGAAACUACAACUCUACUUUAUACCUCCCUCUGUUCAUUUGUCUGUUUAGAAAAUAAAAACACAGAUACAUGAUAAAGGAAUAAGCUGCUAUAUUUGAAACAAGAGUUUUUGUAAGGUUUUAGUAUGGGAAACUGACAAGCCACCGGCAUGGCACACUAGGUUUGUCUAUUGUUUCUGCCAUCCUUAUUUCAUGUGGCAGUCAUAACUGAGUUGGCCUGUGAAUUAAGGAAGGCAGCAACAGACAACGUAUGCUUUAUGACUAUUUUUAGCUUGAUGCCAAGUAUGGAUUUGCAUGAAAACAUUCUACCUUGCUCAACUGUGAUGUGUAUGCGUGUGAGUGAGUGUGUGUGGUUAUUUGUACAUUUAUGUUCAGUUCUGUUAUGAGUCAGUUUGGAUGUGAAAUGACAGAUUUUAAUAUGUCAGUAAAAUAACUUUAUUUUACAUUUUAUGUGUAUCAUUUUACCUCAUAAGACCACAGCAAUGUUUUUAUGUGUGUUCACAAAAUGCUCAGUGCAGCAGUAUUGUACUGUACUAGACGAGGACUUAAAUAAACCUCUAGAUGGCAGCAACCUGA